GGAGCCACGGAGCCACCGAGCCACGGAGCACGAAGAAGCUUCGAAGAAGCGACGCUUAAGCCGAGCUCGGAGAUUUGGUUCCGUAACGAAAAAGGCGGCUUUUUAUUCGUUAAUUAACCGUCGAGCGGGCCAGAAGUUCGGUUCGGGCUCUGGGCGUGAAAAGCGCUUAACGGAAGUGCAGAAAAGUUGGUAGCUAAUUGAGCACACACCUCUGGGUGACACCUGACACUCACAGCUGACAAAAACAAAUCGAAAGCGACGCAGGGGAACAGCCCAGCUGCUCUAUAUUUUACCUUCAACAGAGACAGACAUUUAAGCCAGAAGAGCUGGUGCUACCAGCCCUGAACUUUCGCUCAGUGUAAUUGUAACAUAACUUUCUUAAAACGCCGGUCAAGUGCGAGAGUGAGUGAGUGCGAAGUAGAGGGCCGCCUCGACCGAGGGCCGUCUUAAUUUGUCGCUGCAGUUGCCUUUGAGCCACGCUCCGUAUCGUUACCACCUAUAGCCACCUGAGCUUACCUGCUUUUUAGACAUUUUUUGUUUUUGGCGCGUGUGUCAAAGAGAAGAGUCCCAGAACCGAGCGGGAUGGGCGCGAGCGCAGUGAGUGAUUUGAAAUUUAUGCUAAUCAGUAGCCAAAUAAUUAAUGUGCCGUGUGUCAAAUGUUAACAGCAUUUCGCAAUAAGCCAGGGAGACAAAAUAAAAAAAGAACUGAAAGACGGCUAAUUCAACACCCGCAUAACCUCAAAACGUGAUCACAUAACGAAACCAAUCAGCGAUCAGAUCUUAUCAGCUUCCAAACAAAAAAAUAUAUAAAAACAAAAAAAUGUUGUUUUGGAAGCGUCUGCACCGAUCGAGAGACUCCACAACGACGACUGGUGCGUCGUUCCAGGAACGUCGUUUUUUUGGCAUCCUACGUUCUGCAAAGAGGAAGGACGUUUCCACACCUUUACCCGCAUACCGCCAGGAGACUGGCUCCCCAGCUUCCUCUCCAGAAGAUGGCCUGCCCCUGGGGCUUGAAGGUUCCCGAACAGUAGAGCCGCAGGCCCAGGAGAACGACUACGUGCUCGAGGAAUCUGUCCGGAGAGGGCUCCUCAUACCGCCGCCUCCUCAGUACCCUCCCUACCCCAGCCUCCUGCCGCUAACCCCGCCUCCCAGCUACACAGAGCGACCCCGCCAAGGAGUGGUCGAAGUCGUUGCCCGUCCAGUACCAUUGCCGGUGCAUCCAUCGGCCGCUGAGUUAGAAGCACGCCAGCAGGCGCGACGGCGGCGCCGCCUCCGGGACUUGCAGCAGCAGCAACAGCAGCUAAGAUUUGCGUCCAGCACAGAUAGCUCUAGCAGCUCCGGAUCCAGCAGCUCCGAAUCGAGCAGCGGUGGCAGUGGGCACAGACGCCGACAACGACGCAGACGAGGAUUGAGAGAUGCCUAUUGUCCGGACCUACUGCACGCCUGUUCCCUGAUUCUUCAGCAACCCAACGGCAGUAGUUCAAGUUCGGUGGGAAAUUUUACGGCCACUCCACCGCCACCGGCUCCUCUAGAGCCGGAGAGCGUUGAGUACAGCUCAGACUAUGUGGAGAUCGACGAGCUUCUUCCAUUAGUCGCCGCCGGGCGGGCCAAGAGCACUCCCCAACUGGCGAUGGGUCAGAACCUGAGCCUCCGCCGUCCGCGCAUUUCAUUGACCUGGGUGCUCCGAGAACAGCAGCAACAACAGACUCAGCAGCAGGCACAGACACCGGCAAGUCCUGCGACGCCACAGAAGGAGCCCUCCACAGAUGCGGUGGAAAAGCAACCCGCCGAGAAACUUUUACUGCCAGCCAGAACCGAGCCGGUUCCGACUCAGCUGGAUGUCUCCAAGAAGCGGUACAGAGUCAAACAGUUGCCUGGCGGCGGAGAACCGCUCAAUGGCUAUGCCACCACGCCCACCGCCCACCAGGCCCCUCCAAACGGUCAUCUGACCAACCAGAAGUUCUUCAGCAACCAGAACCUGCUGGACGUGUCCAGAAAUGGUCCUUCUGCGGGGGCCCCUGUGGCCACCGCCGCAUCCACCAAAGAAUUGCUCUUCGUGUGCACUCCCCAGAGGGCGCCCCGGAGUGAUGGCCACAGCGAAGCCCUACUCCUCGCCAGGAAGAGGAACGAGAUCCGCAAAAAGCUGGCCUCCCGACUCCAGCAAGCACGAUCCCAGGCUAGUGAGACCAGAGGAUCGGUCACAGGAGCGGAGUCGCUGAAGUGCACCUCCUACUCGGAGCCCAGCUUGGUUGCAGCCUCGGAGGGAGGAGGGGGAGCGACCAGCGGAGGCGGAACCACAGGUGCCGCUCAACAACCACAGCAGCAGCGGAGGCAUCGCCACCGCAAGCGCCGGGAUCGCAAUCGAGUGCAACGCUUUGGCUACGAGAUCCAUAACGUCGACGAGUUCCUCUCACGCUGUUCCCUGGCUACGCCGGGAAACAUCCCGGUGGUCCUGGCAACGGCUAGCACACUCUACCAAACACGCCCUGGUGGCUACCAGCUGGAGAUCCCCCUGCCUCUGGGCAUGGUGGUGAAUGCAGUGUUCAAGAACCAGAACUGGCUGUACGUCCAGACGCCGCACGCCGAGGAAGGAUAUGUGGGCUACGCCUGCUGUUUACCCUUGGGUAUUCUGCCUCAACAGGCUAGGAAUGGGUCCUCCAGAAACACCCCCUGCUGGGAGACCAAUGCGGACGUGUUUCCCCGACCUUGUGGAAACAUGACCGAUUCCGAGAAGGAGAUCCGUUUACGGGGAGGCACUCGAUCGGACGGUGCUCGCACGCCACGUAGUACUAAGCCUGCUCAGGAUGAUCUGCUGAAGAUCAGUAGCACCACCAUUAACAACAACAACAACCAGCACCACAGCAAUAACAACAACAAGAGCGGUAGCACGGCCAGUUCCCUCUACGGAGAACAACAGGUGGAUAAGCUGUACUUGAGAGCGGCAUCCAAGCCGCGUCUGGUGGAGAAGGCCUACGCCCAGCUGCGCUCUACGCGGAACGUUACUUCCGGAUCUGUUUCAGCCAGGAGCGCGGCCUCCCAGGACGAAUAUGUGACCCUGCAGCAGAAGUCGGCGACCAAACAGUCGCAUUCCAAUUCAAAGGCGCCACCUGUCUCCCAUCUUCACCAGUCGCAGCCCACGCGACGCCUCUCGAACGUCUCCUCAUACAUCACCAACGGCCAGAACGGCCAGCAUCUGCAUCCUCAUCCCCAUCAGCAUCCGCAAACGGUCCCCCUGCCACCAUACAAGCCGGCCAAGAGUCAGGCCGAGUCGCUCAGACUUCUCCGACAGCAACAGCAGGAUGAGGUGGGCCAGCGGCAAACUCUAGUCGCUAUCAGCACGGACUACAUCACGGAGAGCAUCGCUGUGCACAAGGGGGAGAUUGUGACGUUGUGCGACUGCCGGGAGUCCAAGGACCAACGUCAGUGGUUCUAUGUCCGGACGCGGGACGGACGUGAGGGCUUCAUUCCCGCCGAGGUGGCUGGCCACGGAUACCUGUAGAUUGCUUAAGUGUGAACUUUUUGGAUAACUAGACCCUCGUAGUCCCACUGAGAUUUCAUAAACGAUCCUCCUGGUGCCCCACCGCACCGCCAAACAAGUCAAGCUCUACAGUUAAUACAUUUAGCAUUAUAACCAUUAUAGACACUUGUAGGCCCAGACCCUUCAUUCGCGCUCCAUAGUACGCUUCUAGUUAUAAACUGUAAUCAUGUACGUAUCGGUCGAUGUCUGUAAUUUAAAAUUUCCAUUAACGUGUGAGUGUGUCCUUGUGAAAAAGCCCACAGGAUUUUAUAUUUAUCCAUUGUAAUAACAAUAAGACCAUAAGUCCAUCUACUAGAAAAACUUGCUAAGCGAAGAUCAAAGACGAAUGCAGAGAAAACCCAUUUUGUAAACUUAUUGUACUUGAUGCUUCUCCUAAAUAACAUGAAAAGAUAU